AAUUCACAAAGAACCUGGAGCCCAUUAUGAAUCUGCAUCAACAAGAAAAUUCAUUUAUGGUCGGACAGAAACAAUAAGAUCAUGUUCUAUUGAGUCUGUUACAUUUGCUCAGACAAUGCUUGAUCCUGAAGCUUCAGUCAGUCAGAAAUGUGCAGCUCUUCGCAAGGCUGUCGAAGGCCAUAAGAAUUAUGUUAAAGAAGCUGUGAAUGGUCGUGGCGUUGAUCGUCAUCUCCUUGGGCUGAAACUUACCGCAAUUGAAUCUGGUUUCGAUGUUCCAACUCUUUUCAUGGAUGUUGGGUAUAUUCGAAGUUCACACAUGCGAUUAUCAACAAGCCAGGUUCCUGCUCGCUGUGAAGCUUUCAUGUGCUUUGGACCCUUAGUUCCUGAUGGGUAUGGCUGUUGUUACAAUCCUCGCCAAAAUAAUAUUAUGUUUGGUACAUCAGCCUUCAACUCAUCACCAGAAACAGACUCUGCAACUUUCCGAGCUGCCUUGGAAACAAGCUUAAUGGACAUGCAUGAUGUGCUCCUUCAAGAAGGGCUGAAAUCUAAACUUUAAGUGUUGUUGUUCUUAAGGCUCCUGUCAAUCAAGUUUCCAGUCCAUAUGUGUACAUAAAACUUGAUGCAGAAUGAAUUUGUUAUAUCAUGUUCAUUAUCAGCAGAAUAGUUCAGUUUAAAUAUUCUUUGUUUUCUCUUAUGCUUAUAUUUUUUUUUAUUAAGUUUAACUAACUUGGGAACCAUCAUGGCACAAUCCUGUAAUUUUAUAUUUGGGAAUAUUUGAAAUUGUUGAAUGUAACUUAUGCAAUAUUUAUGUACUGAAUUUGGAAAUCAGCAAUUUUGGAAAAAAUUUGUAAUUAUAGUUAAAGCUGUUUAAAAUUAUAAUAGUACAUAUGCUUUACAAACGACUUGGGACGUAACUUUUUCAAUAGAGUAGAGUUUGUAAACCAUUUUUUAAUAUUAAGAUGAGGAUGAGCACAAUAUGCCCAAGUAAUGUAUGCAUGUUUUAUAAAUAAAUCUUCUGUGUUGGACCUAAAGUCAAUGGACACAAUUCCUCAUAGCAUUUGUAAAAGGUUUAUUUGUGUAUUUGAGGUGAAGGUGUCCAUAAAAUGCUCCUGCAGAGAUGUAUAAAAAAUUUGUAUGGGAAUUCUUAGAGAAAUGUUGAAUUUAGCAGCAUAGUUUUUAUAGUUUAUAAUUUUUGUCCACUGUUGUUGACCGUCUAAUACAGUAAUUUUGAAAA